UUUAACUUGAAAGUAAAACACUCAUAAAAAAGGAAUUAUGUUUUCCUUAAUUUUUGUUGUACUUUUUUGAAAAUUACAUUAACAUUUCAAAAGCCUUUUGCAAAUGUUGGAUUCUAACUGGAUUUAUGUUUUACUGAAAACAAUUAGAAGGUUUAUACAUUGCUUUGUAUUCUAAAUUUGUGCAUCUCGAAUGCAGUAUUGAUUGAAAUGAGAAAGAAAAAUUAAAAUUGUUCUCUGAGGGGUUUAUAUCUUACUUUGUUUCUAGGGCUUUGAAACAAUUGAAAAUUGAUUUUUAAAUUAUUUAUUUUGAGCAUGCCUCAUUUAAAAUAUCAACAAUAUGUCUCUAAUGAAAUGCUCAACCAAGCCGCACGUGUUGUUUACUGUUGUUGUAAUUUCAAGAAUUGCUUUUUUAAGCCAUUUUAAUUCUUACCAAAUAUUGCUUACUGAUAUUAUGUUUUCUUUUCCUAAGUAAAAUACUUGCUCUUUGAAUAAUUUUAGACUAAAUAUUUUUAAAACAUUAAAAUCUAGAAAACUACAUAAACAGUGCAGUUUGAAUAUUUCUUGAGAUUAUUUAUAUUUCUUUAUGGAAAUUUUUGUUUGUUUAAUGUUGUAUGGAUCAUUAACAUACCGGUGAGCAAGAUGCUUUAAUGUAGAACAUUAACAUUGGAUAUCGAGAUGAGUUCAAUGGGAUAUCUGAAAUUGUAGUGUAAGAGAGUUGCUGUUGAAUCGAAGAGAUGGUGAGGCCACAGUAAUGGAGAAAGGAGGGGAAUUGGUACCUCGUGCUCCAAAAGGAGAGCCUGGGUGCCAUUUUCUGGAGCCUUAUAAAGCUUGUUAAUCCUAUCUCCAGUAUUACUCAAUCCUUUAAUCCUCAGUUUCGACUGUUUGCCACGCUAAAAGCUGUCAGGACUGUUUUCUGGUUCAGCUAAAUCCAGAACUUCCUUUCAUUCUCAGCUCCUAGAAAGCCUUAUAAUUCCCAAGACUUGAUUUCCCAGACUCAUUGUCCCCAGACUCAUUGAUUUCGGGUUUACUCACAAUGUACUUGGAUGCUAAUAUUUCCUUCUCUGAGAGGUGUCAGGAUCCUUCUCCAGUGAUUCGAGCAUUCACUUAGGAAGUCCCAGAAUCUCUUUUACAUUGCAAACUCAGACACUUUCUCAGGGCUCCUCAACACUUGUCAUUGAUUAUUAAAACAUCAAGUGCCAGCUGCUAAUAAUCCUGUUCUUACAAAAUCUCAACUCACUAUGAACAAUGCUUUGGGAGGUUUGUUAAUGUAUUAAUAAUUUUGCUUAUUGUUCAGAUUGCUAUCAAUAUCACAUUUUUACAUGGCAUUUUACAAACAAAAAGAAACAAAGUGUGACAAGGAACAAAUUAUUUCUUGGUAGAGUACAUCACAUUUUCAAUUUACUAUUAGUUGUUAUAAGCAAACUAAAUUGUGUUACCUUCACAGAACCCAAAUUUGUCAUUAAACACUCUCAGUUGCCAUAUAUUUUUCAGACAGUGUGGUUAAUAAUUGAAUAGAUUUCUCUGCUGUAUGGAAUCUAAAUGUGUAUAUCUAAUCAAUAUUGCAUUAAGUUAUUAACAGUGCUGUAUACUUUUGAACUUUUUUAGAUCAUCCCCACUUAUUUGUCCAAAAUCCUUUUACAUCUUUCCAUGUUACAGUACCAAUUGACUGCAAGACACUGUGGAUCAUCUAUCAAGUAUCUGUAAAGGCUAGUUAACCAGAUUUACAAUGGAAAAACUGCUUUUUUAUCUGCUGUUAAUUGCUAUGACAGUGAAGGCCCAGGUCUGCCCCAAGCGUUGUAUCUGUCAAAAUCUGUCUCCAAACCUUGCAACUCUUUGUGCCAAAAAAGGACUUCUCUUUGUCCCAGCCAACAUUGACCGAAGGACAGUGGAGCUACGUUUAGGAGAUAAUUUUAUUACAAUCAUUAAAAGGAGAGACUUUGCUAACAUGACCAGCCUGGUAGACCUUACAUUGUCAAGGAAUACAAUUAAUUAUGUUGCACCGCAAGCAUUUGCAGACCUACGCAAUCUGCGGGCCUUACAUUUGAACAGCAACAGACUAACCCAGAUCACAAAUGACAUAUUUAGUGGACUUUCUAACCUUCACCAUUUAGUGGUCAAUAACAACCAACUAAUUGAUAUUUCCUCAGAAGCUUUUAAUGAUAUUUUGUUGUCCCUUGAAGAGUUGGACGUAUCCUAUAAUAAUUUAAAAUCUAUUCCCUGGGAGGCAGUUCAGAAGAUGGUCAACUUACAUACAUUCAGCAUGGACCAUAAUAUGAUUGAACAAAUUGAUGAGGGGACUUUUUCCCAUCUUCACAAGUUGACUCGUUUGGAUAUGACGUCUAAUAAAUUACGGAAGCUACCACCUGAUACCUUGUUCACGAGAGCUCAGGUACUAGCCUACUCAGGACUCUUGAACCCACCAAGUUUUACAUUGAGCUUUGGAGGAAAUCCCUUGCAUUGCAACUGUGAGUUACUCUGGCUGCGCCGUCUUUCAAGGAAUGAUGAUCUGGAGACCUGUGCCUCACCUCCACAACUAACAGGUCGGUACUUUUGGUCUAUCCCAGAAGAAGAGUUUAUCUGUGAUCAGCCACUGAUUACUCGCUAUACGCAUGAGCUCAGAGUCUUAGAAGGUCAACGUGCAACAUUGAAGUGUAAGGCCAUUGGGGAUCCAGACCCUUCCAUACACUGGACUUCACCUGAAGGCAAGCUCAUUUCAAAUUCAACACGGACAGCUUUAUAUAGUAAUGGAACUUUAGACAUCCUUAUAACUACUGUCAAAGAUACAGGCACUUUCACCUGCAUUGCUUCAAAUGCUGCUGGAGAAACCACUGCUGUGGUGGAACUUCACAUAAUCAAACUCCCACAUUUAGUCAACAGUACGAACCACAUUCAUGAGCCCGAUCCUGGCUCAUCCGACAUUUCUACUUCGACUAAAUCUGGCUCAAACACUAGUAAUAGUGUUAGUGACACUAAGGCCAAACCAGAAAAGAGGGUGGAAGUUGCUGAAACAUCAUCAUCAUCUGCACUUAUUAAAUUUAAUUUGCAACACAAUAUCCCUGGCAUCCGUAUGUUCCAGAUUCAGUAUAAUGGUUCUUAUGACGAUUCACUUGUUUACAGAAUGAUUCCUUCCACAAGCAAAAGCUUCCUUGUCACUAACUUGGCUGCAGGAACGCAAUAUGACUUGUGUGUCUUAGCAAUCUACGAUGAUGGUAUCACUUCCCUCACAGCUACCAGGGUUGUUGGCUGCAUACAGUUUACCACAGACCAGGAUUAUGUUCGCUGUCAUUUUAUGCCGUCUCAGUUUCUGGGAGGAACCAUGAUAAUUAUAAUCGGUGGAAUUAUCGUAGCUUCUGUGUUGGUCUUUAUUAUCAUACUGAUGAUUAGAUACAAGGUGUGCAACAAUAAUGACACACACAAGAUGACAAAGGUCAGUAAUGUCUAUUCUCAGACAAAUGGAGCGCAUUUGCAAAUGUGUAGUGGAAUAUUAACCCACUCAAAUUCUAAAGUCAUCAUGGGUCACGAAGAGAACACACAGUAUCAUAAAGAUCCCAAAUCACAAUCUUCGGAAUCUACCUUGAGCCAGGAAUGUGCUACCACUACCUCCAUCGUACCACCUGACUGGACUACAGGUGUUACUGCAUCUCAAAAGCUGAAAAGAAAGGCUGGGCCAAAGUCAAGUGUCGAAAGACCAAUGGAAGCUUUCACCAAUGUUGAGACAUCCAAAAAGAAAAGGGAAAAUACUGCAAUUUUACAGAAGCCCUCCUGUGCUCCAAUUUCUCUGAAAGAAACUCCCACAUUUAGACGAGCACAUUCUAAGUCCAUUAAAUAUCUUACUCUGCCAACAGAAACAAGCAGAGCUAAACGGAGAUAUUCACUCAAUGGAGAUUUAUCAGAGUAUCAUUGCUAUACUCAUUCACAAAAGAUUAGCAGCCUGUGGUCAAAAAGAAGCAUGUCAAUGAAUGGAAUGUUGUUACAGUUGGAAAACUCUGAUGCUGAUAGUGGGAAAGCCACUUUCUCAAGUUCUGAGUGGAUAAUGGAAAGCACUGUGUGACAUGUUAAAUAUGUUACAGUAAAGGAACACUGCCUUGUAACAGUUUGGGAAUUCUAUGCUAGUCUUUCAGUUUGAUGGCAUUUCCAGCAAGGUAGGAAUGGAACUGGCUCAUGCACGCAAUUCUUCGAUAGAAAUCAACAGGCAGCACAGAAAGACUGGAAGGUAAAGCACGAUUUAGCACCAGUGCCUUAUCCUGCUUUAGGAUUGGCUUUCUGGUUCUGGAGUAUAGGAUAAAUGAGUGAAUUUUUUUUCACAGAAGCCUUUGACCAAGGAAAUAUGGUUUCCUGCAUCUUAAAGAAAAAAAAGCCUAUUUAUGGACUACUUAAUAAAUUGAUAUUUUUUAAAAAAUGAGCUGUAUGUUUCUUUUCAGUGACAAUGGUAAAUGCCUUUUGUUUUCAGGCAAUUGCUGUACAGAUAAAACAACUUUGUGUUGUUAUGUUGUGUACAAUAAAGGAUUAAAUAAGUAUACUCGGCCAGUGUUAGUACAAUGAAUAGCUGUUAUGUGUGCAAUUAGGCAGGGCCUGGAAAUUGUGGUAGCCCAGCCAAGUCUGGUAAAGGUACUCCAUCCUGCCAGCUAAGUAAUCUAAAAUGAUUGAACUUCCAUAAUAAGGGUGCCAGUCCUGCAUCAGAAAAAAUAAUGGUUGUGGUAAUGUAAUCUUCGCAUUUAAAUCAAGUAUUCAUAGUCUGACUACCACUCAAAGGAGCCAUUAAAUAAAAAUAUUGCCACUCAAAGGAGCUGCAUUAAGGCCCGCUGCUGAAGUGCUUUCAACUGAUUCUAAUGCUAUUUUUGUGAAAUUGUAACACAGAAAUACGUAAGGAAAAUGGUAUAAACUAGAAUGUGCAAAGAAUCUGAGGAACAGAUUUAUUUAAUCCAAUACCAGGCUAACCAUUAAAUUAGAAAGACAUUUUUACAAAGCACAUUACAAUAUUGUGAUGUUUGAAGAGCCCAACUGAUAAAAUCGUUAUUUACCUGGUACAAAUGAGCAAAUGGACAAUAGCAUUUCAGAUUAAUGGGCUGGUGUGGUCUAAGCGAAAACGCAGCCAAACUCAAUCACAGUUUUGAGCCAUUUAACUACUGGUAUAAACUCAGUAGUGUUACUAAAAACUCUGUGCCAAGUUUUUGCUCAAGCGUGGGAUUGUAUUUCUUGUCAAAGAACAUGAUUAUCCAUUUUCAAGAAAUCCAAAAUCCGAAGCAAGCUGGUGAAAUCUUGGCUGUGCCCCAGAUCACAUCUAAUCAACCCGGUUAGUAAAAGUUUGGACCUUGUGUUGUGCUCACUCCCAUUAUCUGGUGAACAUUUUUAGACUCCUUUUGACAUAUGCAAUUUGUAAAAUUAGUGAAGCACACAUUAUAUCAUGGCUUGACCUAACCUGAUAGAAACACGCAAGACAGUCAGUCCAUCCAAGGUUUUACAAGGGGUGUUUUUUUUGGAACCUAGCAGCAGAGUAAUGAUGAACCUGGUUUUAUUUUAAGAGGAAGGUUUACCCAGACCUGUCAAAUUCACUCAUUUCAAUAAAAAAGUAUAACCUGUUUCUAUGUGUUUCGCUCUUUGAAAAUAAAGUUUAGAUAUUUAAAUGA